AUGGCACAUACACUUCGAUUCGACGGACGUACUGUCAUCGUUACUGGCGCCGGAGGUGGCCUCGGGCGUGCAUAUGCGCUCGCUUUCGCUGCACGAGGUGCUAAUGUUGUUGUUAAUGAUCUUGGUAUCUCGCGGGCUGGUGAUGGACAGUCUUCUACUGCUGCUGCUGAUAAAGUUGUAGAAGAAAUUGUUCACGCAGGUGGUAAGGCGGUUGCAAAUUAUGAUUCUGUAGAUAAUGGUGAAAGAAUUGUCGAAACUGCCGUUAAAGCAUUUGGCCGUGUGGACAUUGUAAUUAAUAAUGCUGGAAUUUUACGUGAUAAAUCAUUUUCAAGAAUGACAGAUCAAGAUUGGGACCUAAUUCAAACUGUUCAUGUUCGUGGUUCAUACAAAGUUACCAAAGCUGCUUGGAAUCUCUUUCGAAAGCAAAAAUUUGGAAGAAUUAUCAAUACAGCUUCGGCCGCUGGUAUAUAUGGCAAUUUUGGUCAAGCUAAUUACAGUGCAGCUAAACUUGCAUUGGUCAGUUUCACCGAAACACUCGCUAAAGAAGGUGCUAAGGAUAACAUUCACGCUAAUGUAAUCGCUCCAAUUGCUGCAUCACGUAUGACUGAAACUAUAAUGCCGCCGGAUAUUCUGGCCUCCCUUAAACCUGAUUAUGUUGCUCCUCUUGUCCUAUAUUUAUGCCACGAAUCAACUGAAGAGACCGGUAGCUUGUUCGAAGUUGGAGCUGGUUUUGUCGCUAAACUUCGGUGGGAACGUUCCAAAGGCGCCUUAUUUAAAACUGAUGAUUCAUUUUUACCGGGCACUGUUAUCCCAAAGUGGCCAGAAAUUACUGAUUUUUCUCAACCACAAUACCCUACUUCUAUGGGUGAUGCAGACUUUGGUAGUUUCAUCGAGCAAGCAAAAGCUUUACCACCUAACCCUAGAGGAGAAGAUCUCCGAUUUGAUGGUAAAGUUGUCGUUGUUACUGGUGCCGGUGGUGGAUUAGGUAGAGCCUAUGCAAUUCUAUUUGGACGACUAGGUGCCUCCCUUGUUGUAAAUGAUUUGGGUGUUAGCACUCAUGGCGCAGGAUCAUCAUCCAAUGCUGCAGAUAAAGUUGUUGAAGAAAUACGUAACGCUGGUGGUAAGGCCGUGGCUAAUUAUGAUUCUGUGGAAGACGGCGAUAAAAUAAUUGAGACUGCCAUAAAAGCUUUUGGACGCGUUGACGUUAUUAUUAAUAAUGCGGGUGUCUUGAGAGAUAAAUCUUUUGCUAGAAUGUCCGAUGACGAUUGGGAUUUAGUACAAAAGGUUCAUUUACGUGGUACUUAUAAAGUUACAAAAGCCGCUUGGCCUCAUUUUACAAAACAAAAAUAUGGUCCAAAACUUGGAAUUCUUGGAUUCAGCAAUACGCUUGCAUUGGAAGGUCGUAAAAAUAACAUUCUUGUAAACACUAUUGCACCUACUGCUGGAACCCGUAUGACAGCUACUAUUUGGCCACCAGAAAUGGUUGAAGCUUUCAAACCGGAUUAUGUGGCACCUUUAGUCGCUUUUCUUUCACACGAGUCGUGUCCUUCAACUGGAAAUGUAUUUGAAGUUGGUGGUGGAUGGAUUGCCCAAGUUCGUUGGCAACGUUCCGGUGGUAUUGGCUUUCCUACUUCCAAACCUCUCUUGCCAGAAGAUCUUGCUACAAAAUGGGAUGUAAUCACGAAUUUUAAUGAUGGUCGUGCCACACAUCCUAGAACUACACAAGAAGCUCUUCAGCAGUUCUUUGAAAAUUUUGCCAGUGCUCAAUCAUCUGAAACUUCUGAACCUACAAAAAAAUCUACAACUCCUAGAAAAAUUGAUGUAGAAGCAGCUAAAAGACAGAAACAUGAUUCGUCUGUUGAAGAAUAUAAAGAGCGAGACGUAAUUCUUUAUGCGUUAGGUGUUGGCGCUACUCGAAAGGAUUUACAAUGGGUUUACGAAAAUAAUGAAAAUUUUCAUGUUUUACCAACAUUUGGUGUUAUUCCAGCAGUUAAUCAAUUAGGCACUUUUCCGCUAAUGUCAAUAUUGGGUGACUUCAAUUACAUGAUGCUAUUGCAUGGUGAACAAUAUCUUGAACUCAAGAAACCCAUUCCAACAUCUGGCAAAUUAAUUUCAACGCCGCGUCUCAUUGAUAUUCUUGAUAAAGGCAAAGGAGUAUCAGUCAUUCUUGGUGUAACUACCAAAGAUGAAAAAGGUGACGUCAUAUUUGAAAAUGAAUCAACCUUAUUCAUACGUGGAAUUGGUGGCUUUGGUGGUAAAAAAACUGGAGCUGAUCGGGGUCCAGCCACUGCGUCAAAUACACCACCAAAACGUCCUCCGGAUGCAGUUGUAAGUGAAAAAACUCUAGAAUCGCAAGCUGCCCUAUAUCGCCUAAGCGGAGAUUAUAAUCCGUUGCAUAUCGAUCCUAACAUGUCUGCGAUGGGUGGUUUUGAAGUUCCAAUUCUUCAUGGAAUGUGUACCUAUAGUAUAUCUGGCAAGCAUGUGUAUACAAAAUAUUGUAACAACGAUCCUAACAAUUUUAAGAGUAUAAAAGGUCGGCUUGCCUCACCAGUUUUUCCUGGCGAAACGCUUGAAACACAAAUGUGGAAGGAAGGAAAUAAAAUCAUUUUUCAAACACGCGUUGUUGAACGAGAUGUCAUUUGUCUCGCAGCUGCAGCGGUUGAACUAAGGAGUUCUAAUGUUUCCUCCAAAUU